CUGUGGCCAAAGCCCGGAGAAACACAGCUCAUUGUUGGCAGCUGCCUGGCGGUCUUGCGGAGCGGCUAGGGCAGCGGAGGAAAAGAAAAGGGAACGGCUCGGAAUUUGCUCCAGCGGCUGCUGCAAGACCUCGGCGCCAACCUCGCACCGGCGAGCGCCUCACAGCCCAUCGGCUGUCCCUCUAUGUGCUGCUGAGCCGGUCCUGGACCCGACGAGUCCGCCUUCGGUGUUCCGAGCAGAAAUCGCAAAGACGGAAGGACUGGAAAUGGCAGACCAUAUGAUGGCCAUGAACCACGGGCGCUUCCCCGACGGCACCAACGGGCUGCACCACCACCCUGCCCACCGCAUGGGCAUGGGGCAGUUCCCGAGCCCGCAUCAUCACCAGCAGCAGCAGCCCCAGCACGCCUUCAACGCCCUCAUGGGCGAGCACAUACACUACGGCGCGGGCAACAUGAAUGCCACGAGCGGCAUCAGGCACGCCAUGGGGCCGGGGACUGUGAACGGGGGGCACCCCCCGAGCGCUCUGGCCCCGGCCGCCAGGUUUAACAACUCCCAGUUCAUGGGUCCCCCGGUGGCCAGCCAGGGAGGCUCCCUGCCGGCCAGCAUGCAGCUGCAGAAGCUCAACAACCAGUAUUUCAACCAUCACCCCUACCCCCACAACCACUACAUGCCGGAUUUGCACCCCACUGCAGGCCACCAGAUGAACGGGACAAACCAGCACUUCCGAGAUUGCAACCCCAAGCACAACGGAGGCAGCAGCACCCCUGGCGGUGCGGGUGGCAGCGGCACCCCCGGCGGCUCCGGCGGCACCUCGGGCGGCGCGGGUGGCAGCAGCGCGGGCGGCAGCGGCGGUGGCAGCACCAUGCCCGCCUCGGUGGCUCACGUCCCCGCGGCAAUGCUGCCGCCCAAUGUCAUAGACACUGAUUUCAUCGACGAGGAAGUGCUUAUGUCCUUAGUGAUAGAAAUGGGUUUGGACCGCAUCAAGGAGCUGCCCGAACUCUGGCUGGGCCAAAAUGAGUUUGAUUUUAUGACGGACUUCGUGUGCAAGCAGCAGCCCAGCAGAGUCAGCUGUUGACUCGGUUAACCUCACAGGCGAAAGAAAUCACCCUCCCCACCCCACCCCCACCCCCAACUUCUUCGGUGUGAAUUAAAAAAAAAAACAAAAAAACAAAAGCAUUCCCUUAGACGCUGUAUCUCGCUUUUCAGAUCCUGAAAGGUUUGAGAACCUGGAAACAAAGUAAACUAUAAACUUGUACAAAUUGGUUUAAAAAAAAAAGAUUGCUGCCACUUUUUCCUAUUCUUGUUUCGUUUUUUUGUAGCCUUGACAUUCACCUCCCUUAUGUAGUUGAAAUAUCUAGCUAACUUGGUCUUUUUUGUUGUUUGUUUUUACUCCUUUAUUUCCUCACUUUCUCCCGUGCUCAACUGUUAGAUAUUAAGCUUGGCAAACUGCUUAAUCUUGUGGAUUUUGUAGAUGGUUUCAAAUGACUGCGCUGCGUUCAGAUUUAUGAGUGAAAGGAAACAUUGCAUUUGUUGGCUGCAUGAUCUUUGAAGGGCAGAUAUUACUGCACAAACUGCCAUCUCGCUUCAUUUUUUUUAACUAUGCAUUCGAGUACAGACUUAAGUUUUCAAAUAUGCUAAACUGGAAGAUUAAACAUGUGGGCCAAACCGUUCUGGAUCAGGAAAAGUCAUACCGUUCACUUUCAAGUUGGCUGUCUCCCCUCCCCCAUAUGUACAGACAAUAAUAGGGUGUGGAAUGUCGUCAGUGGCAAACAUUUCACAGAUUUUUAUUUUGUUUCUGUCUUCAACAUUUUUGACACUGUGCUAAUAGUUAUAUUCGGUACAUGAAAAGAUACUACUGUGUUGAAAGCUUUUUAGGAAAUUUUGACAGUAUUUUUGUACAAAACAUUUUUUUGAGAAAAUACUUGUUAAUUUAUUCUAUUUUAAUUUGCCAAUGUCAAUAAAAAGUUAAGAAAUAAACUUGUUUUCUAAAAGUCA